UUGAUUGAUUAGCUUAUUCGACAUGCAGAUCCUUACAGUUGCCGCCUUCUUCCUUUUGCUGGCUGUCGCUUCCAGCCGAGCUCAGGAGCCAGCUCAUGACCUGGAAAGCAUCGCCACCACUAUGCAGAAUGCCACAGUGCGCCAAGAGGUCAAGAACAGUUGGCCGCAAUUCACUACAGUUCCGCUUGUCAUAUACAACAAGAAUGGAUCCUUUACCAGGGCCAAUAUAAGCCCUGAUAAUGUAGAUAUGACCAAUGACACGUCAUCGACAACGACGGCCUACACAACGACCGAGACGUCCACCUCCACCACAAUGGGUGGCAACAGGGACACUGAACUGUCCGCUAGUCCGACAGUCACAGCUUGUAAUCCUCUACCCAGUGGCUCCUUUAUGCUCAACACAACCGGCAGCAAAGUGAAUAGCACCUCCCUGGUUAUCACCACUGUUCAGGCCAAUUCGGAUUUCCGUUGCGUCUGCACCAAAAUAAAUGCCAAGAGUAACGCCAGUGGCUUGGAGCUCACAUAUCCAGUCAUAUUGAUGGCCCUGCUGGCCAUUUAUAAAGCUUAAGCUCUAUGCUUAUAAUUAAACUUUCAUGUGUAUUUUUGUGAGUACCUUUGAGAGAUUUUAAGCUAUUGGGGAAACAGUGCUGGGAAAGAUGCUAGGAAAGAACAUUUAUGAACUAAAAACCCACUUAGAAACUACUAAAACAACUUAUAAAAUAUACCCAGAGACGUAUUUAGGUCCCAGAAAUAUAAGAAAAAUAAAAAGAUAUUACAGAUAAUUAUAAAACAGUAAAGAAAAGAAAUAAUAUACAUUAUUAAUAAUGUACAU